GAAAGACAGGAACCAGGGGGAAAGCAGGAAAAUUCCAAAAAGAAAUAGGCAAAAUUCAAAAUUACCGAAGGAUGGCGCACAGGGAGCGAGGAGGAGUUAAGAAACGGGAGCCCUCGAAUGAGUGGGACGCUGAAAGGACGGCCAGAUUUUUUGCGGAUUUACAGGAAAAUGAGGUGCGAACUAUGCACUAUUUGGGGCUGGCUUACCUGGUUUUGUCCCGUCGCCCAAGGUUGCAGGUGAAAGUUCCGCUGUCCACGAAAAACUACGAAGAUGGAGCCAAUGUGGGAGCGGGGGAGCAAGGAGGCUCUGCCCUCCAGUUGGUCUUCACCUGUCCAUCGAAAUAUCCUCUGCAAGUGCCGCAGGUGGAUAUUGUGGAGAAGCGCAAUAUCAGCGAGUCCUUGGAGAAGGCUCUCCACGAAGAGAUCGCCCAGACGGUGGAGCAGCACCUGGGCCUCCAGAUGAUUGUGCCCGUGGUGACCAGGCUGCAAAUGGUGAUAAAUACCGAGGGGAGGAGGCAGCCCAGCCGGAUAUUAUAAUCAUGAAUGCCACCUCUC